CUCCACACUCCACCCGCGUGAGGCGUGCAUAAUGCGUAUACCUGACGCCUGUUUCACUCUGAGAAGUCGACUACUCCACUCCACUUCACCGUGACUAUGGAAUAUGGAUUCAGCGACAGAAGAGAAAGAGAGUAGUUGUCGAAUAGUAGUAAAAUAUUGCUCUCUCUCAUAUUAUAAGUACAAUAGAAUUGUACCCUACACCAUUCGAAUUUUGCUGUGAUCCUCUUGGAUGCUUAUCGAGUUUUUAUAACUUGAUAUUAUUUUAUAAAGCUACUUUAAUUUUUCAAAAUCUCUGUUGUGUAUAUUUCCUCAUAAUUAUGCUAAUGAGUAAAACGAAUGAGUGCCAUAACUUACAAAUCAUAAAUUGGAGUCCUGAGUGUCAAGAUAUAAUAUACAGAGAUGGAACUGACCUGGAACAUCAGUCAUCAAACGCAAAAUAGCUUCUAUUUUAUACAUUAAUAUUAAAGAUUUAAAAUUUUUUCAUUACUUGUUAGGUAGGUACCUACCACUUAUACGUUUACAUAUUUUUUCUUUAAUUAUUUUUUGUAAUUUUGCUAUUAAAUUACAUGUUUUAAUUAAAGGGCCAUCAGGAUGUGUACUAAACCACAUGAAACUGAACAUACACUCAUAUAUACUAUUAAUCAAGAUCAUCCACUACGAGAAUUAUUUGAAGCAUGCAAAUCUGGUGAUGUGAACAAAGUUAAGCAGCACUUAAAUCCUGAGACAGUUAAUGCUAGAGAUACAUCUGGUAGAAAGAGUACCCCCUUACAUUUUGCUGCAGGUAAUUAGUUAUUUAUUAUUAUGUUUAUCUUAAGUGUUUCAGAAGAGUACAUUUUUAUUUUAUUAAUUCAACAAUUUCAGUUAUAUGAAUUACUUUUAAUUACUACUUAAAUAUAAUUUGGUUUUGUUAUUAUUUAAUCUAUUAUAAUUUCAUAAUUCAAAGACCAGCAAAAUCUUAGUCUUAUGUACCUACUGUUUGCAAUUAAUUUUAAAUGCUGUAGAAUUUGUUAUAGGUAAUGACAUUGGUGUACAAUGAAUUUGGUAAGAAUAUAAAAUUAUGAAGUACUUGCAACAUUUAUACAUGUAAAUCAUAAUGGGGUCAAACUAUAAAAUUUAAUGUCUUAAACGUUUAUAUGUUUUUAGUGAUUGACUACUGUUACUACAAUUUAGUUUUUAUUAGUCUAUCUAGUAUGUUCUAAUAAUAUUCUAAUUAAAAGAAUCCUGGAUUUGCUUUUUAUAAAUCAUUAAUUCAAAUGUAUUUUAAAUUGUCUAUUGUAAUAAAACAAUCCAUUAAAGCUGAUAGAAAGUUUUCUCUUGAAGGGGAUUUAUCUAAGGGGAUAUAUAUAUAUAUAUAUAUAUAGUAAAAUUAAAACUAGAUUUGUGUGUGUAUAUAAUAAAUAAUAUUGUGUGAGGAACAUUUUUGGCUACUUUUUAUCCCAGAAAUCAAUCCUUAAAAAUUCCUUUAGAGGGGCUUACUUGAAUUUUUAUUUUUAUAAUUCAAAAAUUGAAUUUUAUUUUUAUUAUCUGGGUGUUGAAAAAUUGGGAGAUGAAAAAAAAGCAGUUAUUGUUUUUUUUGGUUAUUACAGGCAAGAAAGUCCCCAUCUUAAAAGAGAUUAAAAAGAAAAAAUAAGCAUUUAAUUUUUGUGGUAGGCCAUAGUAGAAGUGGUUUGGUGAGGGUAUGGAGUAACAUCCAUAGGCAUUUGGGUAUCGCCAGUCAUAUUGUCGUAUAAUUAAUUAAUUAAUUUUUAUUUAUUUAUUUUUAUUUAUUUAUUUAUUUUUAUUUAUUUAUUUAUUUUGUUAUUUUAACUUAUGUACAAAUGAAAAUGUAUUUAAUAAUCUACAUGUAUAGGAUUUGGACGUAGUGAUAUAGUUGAACUUUUGUUAGCUGCUGGAGCAUCUAUUCAAGCUCAUGAUGAAGGUGGGCUCAAUCCAUUACAUAAUGCUUGCUCGUUUGGACAUGAUGAUGUGGUUGCUUUACUAUUACAAGCUGGAGCUGAUCCUAAUGUAAGAGAUACUUGGAAUUACACACCUCUCCAUGAGGCCGCUAUCAAAGGAAAAAUUAAUAUAUGUAUAGGUAAAAUAUAAAUAUAAUUUUAUAAAAAUGUUCAAUGCAGAAUAAAUUAUAUAUAUAUAUAUAUAUGUAUAUAUUGUAUGUUGAUAUUUAUUAUGUAUAUUUUUUAGCAUUAUUGCAACAUGGAGCUGAUCCAACAAUUAAAAAUGUAGAUAACAAAACCCCUAUUGAUUUAGCAAAGGCUAGUGGAGUUCCUGGUGUCCGUGAAGUAUUAUUAGGAGAGGGGCAAAAAGAUAAAGUAUGAUUCCUUAAAAAUAUUACUAUUUCUUAUUUUUUUUAAUUCUUAUAAUAUGAUGUGUAUAGAUUCUUGAAUAUAGUCGUUCCGGUGAUGAUCUCAAAUUGUCAGCUCUUUUGACACCUCUUAAUGUUAACUGCCAUGAUAGUGGUGGACGUAAAUCAACACCAUUACAUUUAGCUGCUGGUUUUAAUCGUAUUCACUGUGUUAAAUUACUCCUUAAGUAUGGAGCCGAUGUGCAUGCAACAGAUAAAGGGUAGACAAUAUUUGUAAUAUAUUAAUGUAUAAUACUGUUGGCUGUAUAUAUUAUAAUGUUAACUAAAUUAAAAUUAUAUUAUUUAACUAUAGGGGUCUUGUUCCGUUACACAAUGCUUGUUCAUAUGGGCAUAUAGAAGUAACUGAAAUGCUUAUAAAAAAUGGUGCUUAUGUUAACACUCCAGACUUAUGGCAGUUUACUCCUUUGCAUGAAGCCGCUUCUAAGUCGCGUUUAGAAGUGUGUUCAUUGCUGAUAAGCAAUGGUGCUGAUCCAAUGAUACUUAAUUGCCAUUCAAAGACAGCCAUAGACAUAGCAGCCACGCGUGAAAUACAAGAAAGAUUACCUUGUAAGCAUUAUACUGGAGUUUUGGAAAUGAUUUUAUAAGUAUAUUAUUUCUUUUCACACAGAUGAAUUCAAAGGCCAUUGUUUAUUGAAAGCUUGCCGUUUAGCUGAUAUUUCAAAAGUAAAAAAACUUCUAGUUUCUUCGGAAAUUGCUAAAUUCAAACACCCUUUUACUGGAGACAAUGCUUUUGUAAGAAUAAAUUUAAUUACAAUAUUAAGUUCUGCAUUUAAUUUAUUUAUUAGUAAUUAUUUAGUAGUAUUUAAAUGUUUAUUGAAAAUUUAUAUUUAUUGAUAUUUUUAUGAACUGAUAAUUUAUUAAGUUUCAUUCUCAUCAACCUUAAAUAAGAUGUCUGAUAAAUCAUAGUCAGUUAUCAAUUAUAAACUUUGUUUAAAAACAAAUAAACAAAAGUGUUGAUGUUGGUGAGCACAACCCUUAAACCACGUUUUAAAACAUUUUCAUAAAAUAUUGUAAAAGGUAUUAAGUUAUGUGAUAUUACUAUUGUAUAGUUUAUUUAUUAUUUUAACCCCUUUAAUUAAUAAUUUAAUAUUAAUUACUAAAUUUCUAAAUUUUAUUUGUAUUUAUUUAAUAUUCACAUUUGCCUAUAUUAAACAUUUUCUUUUCGAAAUUCCAAUAAGAACUUUUUUUUUGAACAUGAAAACCAUUAGCUCAAAUUUUGUUAUGAUUUUUUUAAUUUAGGAAAUUAUUUAUUUUAAGUACUUAUGAACACUGAUUAAAAUUUGAAACACAUUAAUAAACAUAAAACAUACAUAUACCUAGUACAUCUACUCCCUAAUAACAGUAUUUUAAAUAUGUCGGUGACAAAUAAUGAGAUAAAAUAGAUUUUCCUUUAUUUUAUUAGCUAUUUUAUUUUAAAUUAUUUCUAUUGCACUUUAUAAUGUAUAAUUUUAGCAUGCUGUAGCAACUUCAUCAGGAUCAAAGCGUAAGCAAAUUAUUGAGCUUCUGUAUCAUAAAGGAGCACAAAUAAAUGAACCAAACAAAGAAGAACAAUCACCUUUACACACAGCUGCAGAGUGUGGGCAUACUGAUAUUAUGAAAUUAUUUAUUAGUCUUGGUGCGCGGGUAAAUGCUGUUGAUGUAUUAGGACAAACAGGUGAAUUAUAUAAUAAUAUUAAAGUGCGGUACUGUUUGGUUAUCAUACUCCAAAGUUGGUAGUGGCUGCCCAAAAAUACCAAUUCUUUUAUUGUACUCCAAGUUGAAUAUUCUAAUUCUUGUACUUUGUGGUCUGUGUUAUACUUGCAUUGUGUAUGUCCAUGCUGUUAACUAAUAAUUAUAUGACAAAUUGUAAUAAUGAUUAUUAUUUUUUAAUAUAAUGAUGCAUGGUUAAAAUACUAAUAAGUAUAAAUAAUAUAAAACCACAAAAAAAAAAAAAAAACUACGUACCAUCUAAAAUAUAAGUACAAACAUAAAUAUAAAAUAAAAAUCUAUUUGUGAUUUUAAAAAUAUUGAUAAGAUUUGAGUAAAUAAUUUAGUAAUUUUUUUUUAUGUUGUUGUUUCCAAAGAAAUUAACAUCAAUGAUUACCUUCAUAUGUUUAAAUGCGUGAUUAUUCCUUUAAACAAUAGUUCCCACCACUAGGAUUCUGGAAAGGGCCAAUUAUAAUUUUUGAAAAUUACUUGCGGUCUACAUAUAGUAUAUAUGAGAGAAAUUUAACAUAGAAUUUGAGCAAUAUUGACCUGUAAAAAAUGGUCUUUGUUGGCGUAUUUUUUUUUUUUAUUUUAUAAAUUCUUGUUCGUACUAACUUAUCUGCCAGACUAGUAUUACAAUUAAAGUUAAAAAUAGAAGAUAAAACAAACAAGAAUAUAAAUAAAAGAUAUUGCAUGUAUUUUAUUUUAUUUACUUUUUAAACGUAUAGAAUAUUGGAUUUUAUAAUGUUCAAUUCAGUUUUAGUAUGGGAUGCGUAGCAGGGAUUGCUGCUUUAAAGAGUCACAUCUAUUCCAUUUAUCUGAUAUAAUAGAACCUGCCGCAAUGUGGCUUUUAGCAAUUAAAAUUAAUAUAUUUGCAGAUUUAUUUGGAUUCAUAAUCAUAAAAACAUCAUAAGUAUGUUAAUUACAUAAUCCACUAAAAACCCAUUGCUGAAAAAGAAUCCUCCCAUUAUUAUUUAUGCUUUAAAUUUGUUCUUCCUUUUUUUAUUGAAUUAUUCGUUAUUAAUUCAGUACAGACUUCAUGUAAAUCAUUGUUUCAAUCAAUAGUAGUAGAAUGGUUCAUAUUAAAUUCAUCUUUAUAAAAUUGUAAAGAUAUCAACUUUUUAGACUAUCAAUAAAUUAUCUUUACAAUUUUUAAAAACGGUAGUCUACAAUUAAAUAACAAAGUGGUUUCACUAAUACUUGUUUACUGAAUUUAGGAAAGUUGCAAUGCACAUUUUGUACUGUUGUCGCUGUGUCUUCUAAAAAGCAUAUCUUACUUUGCCAUGAUACACAAAACAUAAUAUAUUUUAGUUAAAACAAGCCAUAGUAUAUGUAUAUAUUAUGUAAUAGACAGUUAAAAAAUCAAUCAUAGUACUAAUAGUUUGUGAUGAAACAUGACAAUUGAGAUGGUACAAUAAUAGAACUGGUAUUUUCCCGGUAACCACUGUCAUUGGAAUACUAUUACCUAAAAAUACCUAAAUUACUUCUUCAUUUCAUGAAUAUAUAAAUUCUUCAAUUUUAUAAUUUUAUAUUUUCAGCUUUACAUCUAUGUGCAAGAAAUGAUAAUGUGGAUGGUUGUUUACUUCUUAAAGAAUUUCGCAUUGAUACAAAUAUUAAAUCAAUACAAGGAUCUAAAGCCAUUGAUAUGGCUACAACUGAAAAUAUGAAAAAAGCAUUAUUAAGUAAUAUAUAAAAAUCAUAUUUGUUAACUAAUUAUUAUGUAAAUAUGAUAGAUAUUAAAUAUUAGCAUUAAUAAUUUAAUGAUUUGCUUUUUUUGUUUUGUUUGAUCUAUUUGAAAAUUUGUUUAGUGUGACUCAAAUGUGGAAUAUUUAUUUCACAUAAUAAACUUUCAUUUUCUAAAACACAUUAUGUUUAUUUUAUGGGACCUCUUCACUAAAUUGUAUUUUUGUCUCAUGCAAAAUAUAUUAAUAAAAUCAUUUCCCACUUCCACGAUUGUGACUUUGGAUAAGUUUAGGACAAAAAAACUAUUUGAUUUGUUAUCAUUUGAUCUAAAUUUGUAUUAAUAAAUGUAAAAUGUAAUUUUCAGUAUUAUGUGUAUAGUUUUAAAACAAUUAUAUUUUAAAUAGAGGUUAUGGCUAUUAUAUGUAAAUAAUUUAUUUAUGUAUUUUCAGCUUAUUUUUAAUCAGUUUUGUUCUUUAUUCAUGCAGUUAUUUAUAUUUUUAUUUAAUAUAUUACAGAACCAACAGUGUUUAUAAAUUUAGAGGCUGAACUUUUGGAGGCUUCUAAAUCUGGAAAUUUAGAUAAAGUUAAGAAACUAUUAACAGGAUAUCCUAAUAUAGUCAACUGUAGAGAUUUAGAUGGAAGGUAAUUAUUUUGACUUAAAAAAAGUAAGCAUACUUGGGUGGGAGUAUACUUAAUGCAAUAAAAAUAAAAAUAACAUUCUAAAUUUCCUUUUUUUUUCUUUCUAUACAAUGUAUAACAAUUAUAUAUUUGUUUUAUUUUGUUAGACAUUCUACACCCCUUCACUUUGCUGCCGGAUAUAAUCGUGUUCAAGUUUGCCAAUACCUUCUUUUACAUGGUGCUGAUGUUCAUUUAAAAGAUAAAGGGUAUGUAUAAUAAUUGUACUAUUAUUAAAAAUUCACAUAAAAAUAAAUAAAUCAUAAAUAUCAUUUUGAACAGAGGUCUAGUACCUUUACACAAUGCAUGUUCAUUUGGCCAUUAUCAAAUAACCAACAUGUUAAUUAAACAUGGUGCUAAUGUUGAUGUAUAUGACUUGUGGAAAUUUACUCCACUUCAUGAAGCUGCAAUCAAAGGGAAAUAUGAUAUUGUGCGGUUAUUACUAGAGGUAUAUAUUUUAAAUUGAAUAAGUAAAAGCUUUUAAAAUGGUUAUUUAUUUCAUUAUUUUUGUGUUAGCAUGGUGCUGAUGAUACAAAGAAAAACCGAGAUGGGCAUACGGCUUUAGACUUAGUUAGACAUACUGAUAAUGAUAUAGCUGAUUUAUUACGAGGGAAUGCAGCAUUAUUGGAUGCUGCUAAAAAAGGAAUACUAUCACGAGUUCAGAGAAUUGUUACUCCUGAAAAUAUUAAUUGCAGAGAUACUCAAGGAAGAAAUUCUACUCCAUUACAUUUAGCUGGUAUUCAUUUAUAAGUUUUUAAUUUUUGAAAUUAUUCAAUAAUAAAUUCAAAAAUAUUUUAGCUGGUUAUAAUAAUUUGGAAGUCACUGAGUUUCUAUUGGCUCAAGGAGCUGAUGUUAAUGCUCGUGAUAAAGGUGGUUUAAUUCCUUUACACAAUGCUUCUUCGUAUGGACAUUUAGAUAUUGCUACACUCCUAAUUCAACAUAAGACUAUUGUGAAUGCUACUGAUAAUUGGGGUUUUACUCCAUUACAUGAAGCAGCCCAAAAAGGAAGAACACAAUUAAGUGCACUUCUUGUAAGUUCUAUUCAUUUUCUUGUUCAAUACAUGUCAUAUUUAAAAUGCAUUUAUGUAUUAAUUUUAUAUUAUUGUUAAUUAUUAAUAUAAUCUUCUUUGGGAGUGCUGGCCACUGGAAUUAUUCUGUCUUACAGCUAGAUUUCCAGUUAUCCCUGUCAGGGAUUUUCAUUCGUUGUCCAGCCAGGAUCUUCAUUUAACGAUUGUACAUCCCUCUCUACAAUGUUCUCUCAUCUCAAACGGGGAUGUCCAAAAGUCUUUUUUUCCUAGGUUUUUUCUCUCAGUACUAAACAUAAUAGUAGGUUCAGACUACAUCAAGUAUGACUUUAACCUCUUCUAAUUUUGUAUGUUCAGUUGUCAAAUGAGUUCCAUAUGUGAUUAAUAGGAUGUAAUAAUAUACUAUUUAAUUGUAUCUUUAUUCCUCCUGGACCAUGACUCCAGUAUCUUUGAAAGCCAAAGAACAGUUUAUUUCAUGGCAAUAUUCUUGUUCAUACUUUUCAUUUUCAUUUUUUUUCUGUCAAAAAUGAUUCUAGGUAUUUAAACUUUUUGACUUGUUUAAAUUCCUGGUUACCCAUUUAUAAAGAAGGAUAAAUUCCCAUACUAUUAAUAUAAUAUAAUUAACAAAAUGUAUACUGUCGAACAUAUUAUUUCAGUUGGCUCAUGGUGCUGAUCCAUUUUUACAAAACCUAGAAGGACAAACUCCUAUUGAGUUAGUUACAGCCGAAGAUGUAAAAUCUUUAUUAACAGAUGCAAUGGCUACACAUCCAAGUUUAAAUGCAGCAAAGAAUGGCAGGAGUCCUAUUGCAGGAGAAACAGUUACAGUUGUCAUGCCAUCUGGAGUUUCUGUUGCAUUACCUUGCCCUAAAGGGUCUGGUAGAUCUUUCAUGCUAGGAUCUCAAGCGGAUGGUUCAGUAAAUGGAUAUGAAAGUGCCCACCCUCAUCCUAAUUGUAUAACACUAUCAACAGUACAAGGAUUCCUUGAAAGGUACAAUUUGAAUACAAUUAAGUAUUUACAUUAUAUAAAUAAACAAAAUAUUUAUUUUCUUUCUUAUCAUUAUUUAGUAUGGAUUUGGAACAUCUCAAUGAGAUAUUUGAGAGAGAACAAAUAACUCUAGAUAUACUAGCCGAGAUGGAUCACGAAGACCUAAAACAGAUUGGAAUUGCAACAUAUGGUCAUCGGCAUAAGCUUAUUAAAGGAAUGGAGAAACUAGUAUCUAAGCAUGGUAAAAAAUAUUUACAAAGUGGCAUACAUUUUUGAUUUUUUAAGUAUACUACUAAAAAAGUAUUUUGUUGCUAAAUUAAACUAAAACUUGUUUAUUUAAAUUCAAUUUUAUUACUUUAAUUCAUAUUUUUGAAAACGAGAUGAUGUUAGGUUUACCAUAUAGUGUAUAAUUGAUUUAGUUUAGAUUUUAACGGAUGACCAUGUGGUAGAUCGGAUCAAAUGGAAGUUAAGAAUGAGGGUGGGCUACCCCAAAUAAUUAAGAUAAAGGCGAAGGAGAAAAUGAUUUACUAUGAAUGAAAACCUCAUUAUGACAUAAUAUGUUAAAUUAAAUUUAUUAAUUUUAAUUGUUUUUUUAAGGUGGUGUUUGUUCUGGCUUAUCAGGCGGAGUGCCAUGUACACUUUUAAUAGAUUUAUUACCCGAAGACAAAGAAUUUAUAACUGUUGAACAAGAAUUACAAAGUACUAUACAAAAACAUCGUGAUAAUGGUACAUCUGGUGGAAUAUUUAAUAGAUACAAUAUUGUUAGAGUAAGUAAAUUAGUAUUUAUAUUUUUAAUAUUAUAGUAUUCAUUAAUUGAAAUUAUAAUAUUUAAGAUACAAAAAAUUCAAAAUCGUAAUCUAUGGGAUCGUUACAUACAUCGUAAAAAAGAAGUGGCAUUAGAAAAUGGUAAUCAGGCCAAUGAAAGAAUGCUCUUCCAUGGAUCACCCUUCAUUAAUGCAAUUGUUCAAAAAGGAUUUGAUGAAAGACAUUCAUGUAUUGGUGGCAUGUUUGGAGCUGGUAAUACAAAUUAUUUAUCUUAUUGUAGGAAAGGUUUAUGUAUUUAUUAAAAAUAUAAUUAAUUAAUUAAUUAAUGCGUUGUUUGGAGUAUUAUGAUAAGUUACAACCAGUUUCGAAUUAAAAAUUGAUCAUCAGGUAUAUCACAGUCAAAAUGUCAAAUGUCGACUCUUACAAAUUACAAAUUUUAAUAAUUUUGUUUUUACUUUAUUAUUUUAUUUUUAUAUUCAGUCGCGUUUUAAAUUUUGACUGUGAUAUACCUGAUGAUGAAUAUUUUAUUCCUAUAUAUAAAUUUUUUAUUUAUAUAUUUAUUUACGAGUAUUAUCCAUUUUAAUAAUUAUGUUUUGACUUUAUUAUUUUAGUAUUUAUUAUAUUCAAUUAUAUUUUAGGUUUAUAUUUUGCUGAAAACUCAUCUAAAAGUAAUCAAUACGUCUAUGGUAUAGGUGGAGGAACUGGUUGUCCUGACCAUAAAGAUCGAUCGUGUUAUCAUUGUUUAAGGUUAGUGCUUAAUUUAUUUUAUAUAAAUAAAUAAUGUACAAAAUAAAUGCUUCUUAUUUUGCAGACAUUUGCUCAUGUGCCGAGUAACUCUUGGAAAGUCAUUUGUUCAAUAUAAUUCAAUAAAAAUAGCCCAUGCACCACCUGGACAUCAUUCAGUAAAGGGAUCGCCUAGUGUUGGCGGAUUAACUUUUUCUGAAUAUGUUGUGUAUCGAGGUGAACAGGUAAAUUAAACAUUAUAUACACAAUACUUGUAAAUAUGAAUCAAUAUUUAACAAUUAUGUAUACUUAUAUUAUAGGCUUAUCCUGAUUAUCUAAUUGCUUACCAAAUUGUGGACCCGUCUGAUGACAUUGUAGAAAGUGGCUAACCUCCUAAGCUCUCUUUAAGCAAGUUUUUUUUCUCAAUUACGUUCCUCUUUUUAAAUUAUUUAAAAAUCUUAGUGAGAUGAUUUUUUCAAACUUUUUUGUCUUUUAUUAAUUCUUGAUAAAUCAAGUUCUUAUUAUAUAUAGUGGGUUUGAAAUUUUAAUUAUGAAUUUAAAUUACUUUACAAUUAAGGCUUUAUUAUUAUUAUUAAUUAGUUAUAAAACACUGCCUAUAUGUAAGAUUAUAUAAAACCUGGAACAGUCUAAACCCUUAAUAAAAACCAAAGGGUACAAAAGUGUGAGCAAAUUUGAGUUGAAGUCUGAACUUUUAUUUUAUUAGUAUUAAAAUUUCCUUUCCAAUUUUAUUUUUAUGAUUUUAAUUUACUACUAUAGCUAAUACAAAAAAAUAACAUUAUUAAAUACUUAAAUCUAUAAUUAUUAAGAAUACAAAAUAAUUAAAAAAAAAAAAAAAAACUAAUUUAUUACCAAUUUAUUUAUACUAUAUAUUUUAGGUUAAAUUAAUUGUUUUUUUUAUGUUUAAUUUAUUUUAUGAAUCCUCAAUUUAUAUAUAAUUUAUUUUUUUAUCGUGAGACUUAUAUAUUAGUAUUCAAAGAUUUAUGAAAACCUAUUACAGUAUUUUAUGUAUUAAAAAUAAAGAUAACUAUCUCUGUAUACAAUUAUUUUAUUUUUUAAAUUUUUUAGAUGAUUUUUGACUAAACCAAUGCUCACACUUAAAAUACAAAAUUCUUUUUUUUUUUUUUUGUUAGACUACUACAGUUUAUGAUUUAAAUGUUUUGUUAGUGUUUAUAUUUCAUUUAAUUAUUUGAUUCUCAUAUCAUAUCACUUAAUUAAACAAUAGAAGAAUGUCAAAUUAUUUAUUUAAAAUGUAUUUUACGGGAUUAUGCAAUAGUCAAAGUUACUUUUUAAAUGUAUAAUUAAAUUAAUAUUUUAUAACUUUAGUAUAUAGUAGUAUAAUGAAAUAAGGUUUAAACUGCUUGUUAGGUUGGGUCAUAGUCUUCUAAGACUGUGGGUUGGAUAGAAAAUUAAUUUAAUUUGUAUUUAACAAUAUUCUCAUGUGUGAUGUUAUGUGAUUUUUUAGAUUUAAAAUUAUUUAACUAAAAAUAUAUUAGUAUAGUUUAAUUAGAUAGAUAAUAAAAAUAUUUUUUGUCUUUAUGGUUAAAAACUGUUUGUUUUAUUUUGAGUAUGGUAUUCUGUAAACCAAAAAAAAAAUAUGUGAGGUGUUAGGUCUUUCUUUUUAACCAAAUUAUAUAAAAUGAUGGAUUUUUAUCUAUAAUCAACCAAGUUAUAUGAUUUUUAUAAUGUUUAUAUUGUAUGCUAGAAUAUUUGUGUUGAUUAUUAUUAUUAGUAUUAUUAAGAAAAUUAACAUUUUAUAUACAAUUCAGUGAAGUCAUUAUAGUGAAACAGGUGUCAAUGAAAAUAGGCUAAUUUAUAUAAUGUUGCCUAAUAAAUUGCAUACCUGUACAGAUUACAAUAGAAGGCUAUGUGAAUUAAGAAAAUCAAAAUCAGGAAUUUAAGUAAAAUAAUUUAGAGGAAUGAUCAAGAAUAAUGUUUCUUAGGAAUAUAUAAUUUUAGAAUCUAUUAAAAAUUAGUAAAUAUUUCAUGAAAAUGAUAGAAAUUAAAAAAUUCAGAUUGUUUUUGUUUCAUUUCAUUUUCCUAACUUUAUAUAUAACUGGUAGGAUUUAUGUUCUUAUCAAAUAUUUUUGAAGGAAGAAAUUGGUAGGUAUUAUAGUUUAAGUACAUAAGUCUUUUUUUUUUUUUUGAGUAUAAUAAAGAAUAUGUACCGUCACUUGGUUCAUUUAUAAUAUGAAAAAAAUAAGAAACUAAUUUAAAUUUUCUAAUUUGUGUUAAUUUAUUUUUGUUUUGUGAACUAUUUUCUUCAUUUGUAUCAUUUAUGCAAUUUUUCAUUUUUAAACCUAACUUUCUUAAAAUUAUAUACAGUAGAAGCUUAUUAGGAACACAAAUAAUUGAUACAAUCACGUUAUUGAAACAAAAUGUCUGUAGAAACCAGUUGUAUAUUAAAAAAAGUAGGAAAUCAAUCUGGUUAUUGAAACAACAUGUCAGUUAUUUGAAAAAAAAGGAUAUCUGUAAUAUAUUUUUUAAUUCCCAAACACUUGAACAGACUAACACUGAUAAUUUAAAAUAAAUCAGUGAGGUACUCGCAUUAAAUAAAGAAAUUGUGGAAGCUCAUAGUGUAUGUCCACCUCAGGAGAGCAGUCUAACAUUGUGUAGAUAAAACAAGGCUGUAAGCAGCAUUACGCUUAUGAAGGCAUGAUAAGUUACUCAAGUAAAUAACAGAUAUUAGAGUACAUUUGUAUAUAACAAAGUAAUGUGAAAUAUAAUAAAUAUACAAUAGAAUAUGUUUUACAAUUUAUAAUUGUAUAUAUUUUUUUUAAUAGUAUAAAUAAAUAAAUACAAUCACCUUUUGGAAACAGCAAUCUGUUAAUUGACACAUUUCACCAUGGUCCAGAAGUGUUCCUAAUAAGGGGUUUCUACUGUAUUCCUAAGAAAGAUUUGACCUGUAAUUCUUUAUUCCAAAUCAUUUUUUCCCCAAUUUUCAUGAGCUUCUAUAAUAAUAUUAUACACAACAAAUUGUAACCAUUGUGUUGAAACCAGAUUUCAAUAAAUUUAAUGAUAAAGAAUUGUAUAAUAUAAUAAUCAAAAAUACUAUAUUUAACUAAAUUUAAUUCAUUAAUAGAGUAAUUAAUAGUUUAAAUAUAAUUGAAAUAUAGUAGUGAAAUUUAGCUUGAAUAAAUCCCCUCAAUAACACUCAGAUAAUAUAUAGUGGGUAUAGUGUAAGAUAAAUUAGUUAGAUUUAUAGCAAAACAUGCUUACAUUUCUGAAUAUUUUUUUUGUUGAUUAAUAAAAUGAUUUACAAUUGUAUAUUAUUUUAGAAAAAAUACAAUAUUAGAUCAAAUAUGUUACAAAAAAUCACUAAUUCUUUUUUAGUUGGAAAAAAUUUAGAGGAAAAGUAGUUUCAUUUUAGAAUAGUGAAAUCUAAAGCCCUAGUGCAGGGGCUUAACCAGGAUUUUUUUAGUGUGGGAGGUGUUUUUAUUUUGUAUUUAGAUGUAACUUUAUUGUGUACACUAACAUACAUAACUUAUACAUUAAUAAUUAUCUGUAUGUAAUAUAACACAUCUUGUAGAUAUCUGAUGCAUAACUGCAUAUAUUAAAAAUUAUAAUUUUCAGGUAUAAAUAUAAUUAAACGAGGUGUUUAAACACCAAAACACCUCUCUCCCCCUUACUAUGUUCACUGCCCCAGUGGGCAUAGAGGACAGUACUAACUGUUAAUUAGUAUAUAUAGUAAUAAUAUAUACGAUACUAUUGUUAAUUUUAAAUACAGGAUAGGUACAUAGUAACAAUAAUAAGCACAAAUAAAACAAAUUACUGGUAUGUAGAUAUAAAUUUAAAUAUUUUUUUUUAUUUUUUAAACAAUAUUCAUAUCCGUAAGAGAGUAGAAGAAGAAAUCAAAUUACUUAAGUUUAUUUCCUAGUAUUAACAUUUGGUUUACUGGCGAAAAAAUACAGUAAUUGUGUAGGAAUUUAAAAUGUGGAUGUGGAUCUUAACAAGAAUGUUGGAACAUUGAAUGAGAUUAAAAAUAGUUUUCCAGAAUAUUCAAUCUUGGAAUUUAGUAAAUAUUAAGGCCUACAUAGGUCUUUAAGUUGCCUUCUAAAUUUCAAAGUUCCAAGGUAUCAAUAUUAAUUCAAUAGCUAAUGAUUCUCCAAUGUUGGGUAGUUUUUUAUUUAAUGUUUAAUAUUUAAUACUUGUAAGAAUCAUUGGGUUACUUCAAUAUUGACAUGUUGAUUGAUCAAAAUAUUUAUGCUUAUAAUAUUAAAUGCUUUUCUAAUGUCUGUAUCAAUUUGAGUACCAUUACUUAUUGAUUGCAUUAAAUGUUAACAAACAGAAAGAGAAACAUUCGCACACAUUAUAGUAAAACCAAUAUAUAUAUUUCUUGUCUCGAUCAGAAUGAUGGUGGUUUUAAAUAAUUCAUGAAAAAAGGACUAUAAAUUAUAUCCAAUUAAUACAAAGUAAUUUAAAUGCUCUGGCUGAUUGAGCUGAUAAUACCUAACCAAAUGUCAUUCAAUGUCCUUUCAUAAAAAUUGUAUUCACCUGGAAUUUUCUUACCAUCUGUCUGGUACUGUUCUUACUCUUCUAUGAAAUAUAGUUAAUGAUCUGGGGAUUUUAUUUGAUCAAAAUUUGAACUUCAAAUUCCACAUUGAAAUAUCGCGCUGCAAGGCUUUGAAAACACUUGGAUUUUUAAAGUGAACUUGCAACAAAUUUAAAUUGUUAACUCCCCUAAAAGCUCUAUACUGUGCUCUUGUUAGGUCAAUUUCUUUAGGUUUAUUUGGGACAUACACACAGAUAAAAAGGAUCCAGUGUACAUUUUUGAAUUUUGUUGAGAAUUAACCACCAGUCGCAUGAAUAUGAGUAGAAUAAUCUAAGAAUCGCUAACCAACUGUUAAGGAAGCUUAUUGAUGGAGUGAUGAGAUUGUUCCACAAUUAUUUAUCCAAGUUUGUUUUAGAAAGUCUUACCUCUGGUCUCGUUCACCUUAUCCUUUCACCAUUAACUAUUCACAUAACCAAUCAAUGUUUAGGAUGAUGCACAUUGCCAACGAGAACCAAUCAUUUCUGUUAAAUUAAUCUACUUGGGUAAUUAUAUAAUUAACUGUAAGCUAACUUGUAAAAUUUGUAUACUUGUGCUGCGAUCUGAUUAGUAAAUAAAUAAAUAAGUACCUACUUGAAAAUUGUUUUAAAAUGCCCUGUCAACUGUUUCCAAAUUAAAAUAUAUAAUUUAUUUAAGUACAUAUAUAUGUAAGCAUAAUAAUAUACUUCUUUUAAAAUUAUAGAUUAAUAUUAAAAAUAUAUUUAGAAACUUAGAACUUGGAUGGUUAGCUUUCCUAACUUAUUAAGUCUGUUUGUGAAUAACUAUUUACUUUUCUUCUAGAUCUCUUGCUCCAAUCUUCUUGUGUAAGUAUAACAUUAUUUCUAAAAGCCAAUUUUGUCUUAUUGGUAUAUUAGUGGAGAGAUUUUCUUUUAUGUAGGUUAAGAGUUGGCUGGUGUUAAAUACAUUACAUUUGGUGGUUGUACAAUCGGUGGAUUCAUUUCCAUGUUGAAUAUUAAAUUGUUUAUUUGAUUUUGUAAAAUUGCUCUAGUUCGUUUAUCAAAAGAUUUUAACUUUUUUCCCACAUAUUCUCCAUAUAUAUCACAUUCGUCUUUUUCAGAAAUAUUAUUCCUAUUUUCCGCUAUUGUUCUCAUUAUUGAUAAAGUUUCAGUUAUAUUUGCACCACCAUGCCCUGGCUCUAACUCGAUAUUUUUUUUUGGUAAUAUAGUUUUAUUCUUCUUUUUGGUUGGUGUUGUUUCUUGGUGAAUUUGUUCCUCCUGAGGGCAGUUUAUAUUCAUUUCUGUUGAUGAAACACUUUCAUAUUCCAUCUAAAAACAAAAUUGAUAACAAUUCAUAAUAAUAUUAUUUUUCAUAUAAAUAGUUAAUAGGAGUACCUAUAAAAAACUAAAACUAAAUGUAAUAUUUUAAAUUGUAUUAAGAGUGCACAUUCAUCUCCAAGCGCCUAUAGGUAUAAUAGUACUGAAUAUUGAGUAUUUGAAUUUAUUAUACAUUUUAAUCUGGAACAUUAAGAAUUUAUUGAGAGAUACUAAAGAAGUUAUUUUACCGGACACCUUAUUUAUUUUUUUAUAUUGGGGGUAGGGGAAUCAGAAUUUUGAAGUAUAAUUUAUUAUUAUGCCAUGUUUUAAGUUUUGAUACAUACAAAACUAGUUUAGUAUAGCUCAGCUAGAGAAUAGCUCAUAAUCACGAAGAAUUUUUAAGACCGUGAUCGCGAUAGAAACUUUACAGCUAAAGUAGCACUUAAAAUGAUAAUAAUAUUCCAUUUUCUUACUUUUAUGGGCAUGUUGAAAUUUUCAGCUGUUUGUUUUGUGGAUAUGUUCUCUCUGACUGUAUGUUUUUUCUUCGCCUUAUUAUUUCUUGCAAUAUUUUUUAUCUAAAAUGAAUUUAACAAAAAAAAAGUAGAAAUCGGGUCGAGUAGAAAUUUAGUAAAAGGGUGAUCGAUGGUGAAUAGUUGAGAUGAAAAUGAAAGAAAUUAAAAAUUACCUAAUACUAGAAGUAAAAUAUAAAAAUUGUUUUUAUUUUAGAAAAAGAUUUCAAAUUAAAAAACUUACUUCGUAAUUUUCAAUUUGUAAAUUAGUUAACUGCGGUUCUUUGUGUUCUCCACGUUGUUCUAUUACUGAAUAUAGAUGUGGGUCAGUUUUUAUCGAGGCAUAACAAUUUUUUUUCGGACACAUAAAUACGAUGUUAUGAUUAUUUAAUAUUUUGAGUUGAGUAUAAAAAUAUCUCUGAUAUAUUACUGCUGGUUUACCACGUUUAGAUUGGACCAUUUUUAAACAACUCAUUUCAAAAUCGUUUAUGUAUUUCUGUACAUGUUAUAUUCGUCACUAUUUUAAUUUUAAUUGAAUUAACAAUUUUAUUUUGUCAGUAUUUGUAACGUAAAUUUCACUAACUAUCACCACGCUAGUUUGAUACUAUUUGAACUAAUAUUAUUCGAUAAUUUAAUGACCCAGAAGGCUAUAUACUACCACGAUAAAUAAACUUCAUCUUUCAUUUAUCAUGCAAUUAAAUUAGUGUACUUGCUUACGCAUCCAAGUUCCAACCACACACUAUAGUACAUGUACAUUUGAAGCUAUUCGAAUAUUCGAUAAACAUUGGACAGUAUACAUAAAAACACAACCACAGAUAGAGUCACACAGAACUACGAAUUGAGGUACACACUUAUAUUUAAUCGCGGUACAGCUGCUUAACAGUUAUCAUUAAUAAUUAUUAUCGUUAUCAACGGUUUCCAUCUGACUAUACAAACGUAAUCUAGUAGUAAAUCUAUUGUAUUUCAUAGAUAAAUACAAGACACUAGUUGUACACUACAUGGGUACAUGGGUUUUAAAUCUUAAAAAGUCCAUUAAAUUAUAAGUUGUAAUUAGUGGUUGAGCGUAAUGUAUGAUAGUUUUUUUUUUUUUACAAUUGUUUUAGAAUUAAAUUUUGAAGAAAAUGGUCAACAUUUCGGUACUUCAAAAUAUUUAUUUUUAUUAUAUAUGCAAGUAUGUGUGCAUGUAAAUCCACUUCAUAGACUAUUUAUUUUUAUCGUGACAUGAAUCGACCAUUUCCAGUCAAUUUUUUUGUAUUUAUUAUAAAAUUUUGUUGAAAUUAUAAAUUCGAUAAAAUCAGAGAUACCUAGUGGAAAAAAUACUACAAAAACUGAAAAAAAAAACACCUACUUAACAUAUAUUCCUACCCACGAGAGACCCGGACCUUUAUGGGCAUGCAGAAUGACCGACAGUGACGGUUCGAAACUCCAUUUCCCCCACUAUGUGCCACAAUCGUACGCUGUCGGUGGGCCGAUGAGUGGGAUGCACGGAAUUGGACGAAUGACGGUACUGAUCUCUCGUGGGUUGGAGUAUAAUAGUCAGUGGCGGUUUUGAUAAAAUAUCAAGGAAGAGGGUUGCGAUUUAAAAUUUUUAGGACCCCAUACCAUAAUGACAUUUAUUAGAUAAAGGAUAAAAUUUGUUUAUGGUCCUAUCAUAAAUUACAUUUUUAUUUUAGAUUCUGAGUGGAGCGAAGAAGUUUAUGGUUUUACAACUGUUUUAUCUGUGGGCAACUUUUUUACCAAAAACCUUGCUCCGACUUUUAGGUGUAACACCUUUUCUGAAAGGAAAUAGGAUUGGGAAGGUACUUUAAGGAGGUUAUUUUGUAUUUUCUGAAGAGUUUUUUCAACAAAUAUAAAAAACUAGAAAAAAUGGAGAAAAAACGGGAAAAUGUAUAAAAUAUAUUAGUAAACUAUUACAAUUUUUUUUUUCUGUGAACAACUUUUCUACCAGCAAUUUUGCUUCGAUUUAGAACGAUAGCACUUUUUCUGAAUGAAAAUCUGACUUGGAAGGUAUUUUAAAGAGGUCAUUUUUCGAUUUUCCAAUGAGUUUUCCUAGCAAAUAUGAAAAACCAGGAAAAAAAUCGGGAAAAACAGGAAAAUAGGUACUAAAGAAAUAUAUAAUUCCCAUAGAUAAUUAUUUUACCAUAAUAUGACAUAUAUGACAUAUAUAUUGUUGAUAAAGCAUCACUAUCAACUGAACUCCGCUCAGAAUCAGUUUUUCGUUAGCAAUAAUGGUUUAUCAUUGUUAGGUACAGAGCAUACCUAACAGUUGAAACAAAAUAAAUAGGUCCUAAAAACCGCCACUACAUAUUGUUAAUAAUGGGGUAACCUUUAUUAUUUCGUAAGAAGUAUAUUAUUAUAAAUUCAAUAAAUUAGAAAAAAAAUUAGAAAAACUAUGAUCGACCCGAGAGAGACACAAUCGCGUGAGGACAAAGUUAAAAUAAAAAUAAAAAUCGAAUAAAAAAAAAUGUAUAUAUUCCUACUCACCUUAAUGUUAGUUAGGUAGUCAUUAAAAGGUAAAAAAAUAUUAUCAAAUUACACGAAACUGGAAAAAUUUUAAAAACAGUUUCUAACACCACUUAUAAAUAUAUUCGAGAUAUACUUUCAAAUUUCCUACUUUGGGGGUGUAUAUAGUUAUCUUUAUAAUAUAUAUAAUUCUGUAAUGUUGAACAUUUGGUUUCAUAAUUGCUACUUGAUGAAUCAGUAAGAGCUUUUAUUACAGCUAGUGGUGCGACGGAUUGCGUAGUGUUGUCGGCCGGACUUGGACCGGCAGUAGCAUUUGGAGAUCAGUUUCAAUCAGGGUGGCCGACGCUACUUCGGAAGUUUUAAGAAACCUGUUUCCGUUUUUGUUUAAUACAAUAAUUCUCUGUAAAUAAGUUUAAGAUUUAUUGUAAACAGUGCGAAUUUCUAAAGCACUAAAAAUAUCGAAAUAAUAUAAUACGAUGUCUGUCUUUACAUUUCCGGUAAAAUGUCCAACAAAAGAUUAUAAGAUUUAGAAAAACCUUAUGAAUCGAUCGGUGCCUAUGUGGUUUUGGAAAUGACUGG